AUGCGUCCACAAUGCCCACCAAUCCUCUACCAUGAGACCAGCAACAUAAACAACCUAGAGUUCAACGGGAUCCCGAGUGUUUGUGAACACAUGCACCUCGAGCUACUCGCCCAUAUCUAUUACAUGGCCAACUUCUGGGAGAGUCUCAGCCCGCCUCCUCAGCCUGAACGACCGCACGACGCAGGCAUACCAAUGCGCCGACUUAUCCCUGACUUUGUCGCCGUGGUCACUGAGCGCCGGCGGGUAUAG